AUGGCAUGGAAGGGUCCUCGACAUAAGAUGGAACUUUGGCAAGCUGUGAUUGUGGUCUCAAGUAAAAAGGAGGUGGAUCUUUUUGCUUUUCUAUGCUGGGAUAUUUGGAAUGACAGAAACAAUUUGUUGUUUCAAGGACGAAGUCUUGAGAGUGUAUCAGUAUUUAACAAAGCUUUGGCUUAUCAGACGGAAUUUUACUCUAUAAAUCUUGCCCCUAUAUGCUCCCAUAAUAGGCAAGGGCCCAGUCAGAGUUCUAUUAAUUGGCAUGCCUCAUUGGAUGGUCAGUACAAAAUUAAUGUUGAUGGGGCUGCCAAACUUGCUGGGUUAGUGCGGGGAGUUGGAGCAGUGAUUCGCAAUGGAAAUAAAGAGUUUAUGGCUGCUUGUUCUCGACAAGUGGGGCUAGUAGACAGAAUCAACUCUAAUGAAGAGUGUUUUGAAGCUGAAGGGAAUCUAGUGGAAGAUAUCAAGGAGAUGUAG